UAACCCUAAAGUUCGCCUAUAUUUUUAAAUGUUUUUGCAACGGUUAUUAUUAUUUUGAAAUUUUAAUUUUAAAAUAUAAGAAAACUUGAUUUCUGAUUAACUAAAUAUGGAGUAUAUUGAUAAGUGUCAUCAAUAUUUGAUCCAAUUCAUGCUGAAGAAUGGUGUAUCCAAAGUGCAACAGGCUCUUCAGUAUUGUCGUAAUGUAACAAAAGAAGAAGAAUUGAGUGAAAGCAAACUUGGAAUUACUAUAAACCAAAUAAAUAGAGUUGUAUGUAAUCAAUACUUCAAAAUAGUACAAUGUAAAUGUGAAGUAACACAAGAGGAGAUGCUUGUAUGGGUUAAUAUGAAAAAUGAUACAUUAACAAAACUUCAAGUCAAUUUUUCAGAGCGGGAACUUGAAUAUUUUCAAGCAAUACUUCAAGAAAUUAUGGCUUCUGAACAGAGAAAAAUCAUGUAUAUUGUAUGUAUAAACAUAACAUCUACUUUGUCAGGAAAUUUCUCGAGGGAAAGUGGUCAAAAAGUUUUAACGAAGUGGAUGCAUGGAGGCUAUUUUGUGAAGAAUAGUGAUUUUGUACAUCUUGGACCAAGAUUAAUAUUGGAAUUCAACACGUACUUGAGAUCCCACAGACCUGAUUGUGUUUGCUAUUUGUGUUCAGAAAUAUCAUUUACUGGAAAAAUAUGUGCCAGCUGUGAUAAAAUGUUUCACUCAUAUUGUAUAGAUUUAUACCUGCAAAGUCAAAUAACUUGUCCAUGUUGCAAAAAUGAUUGGACUGAAAUUGAUAGAUUCAAUAACAUUGCCAGAGAUACAACACAAGGUUCAAAUUCUGACAGUGAUGAAUACAUGCAGGAAGAAGAUAUAAAUCAACCUGGACCUAGUCGAAGAAGAAGAUGAUAUAAAUUCCUACUAAAUACUAUGAAAGGUUAUGAUAUAAGCUGAAAAUAAAAUAUAGUUGAAAGCUA